UUUUAAGCGUUGGCGAAACUGAAGGUGUCCGAAUAUUCCAAAACACGUGUCAAAGUGUCAAAAAUACUUGUCACGUGUCAAAAAUAAUAAUUAAGGUGUCAAUAUGUUGACAUAAGGAAGCAAGUGAAUACCUAAUGACUUCAGAUAAUUUUGUGAAUUAACUACGACCAAGCUUACAUGAUUGGGUGACUGAUAAUGAUUGUUGCCAGCUGUUUUUAAUUAUCUUGGAAGACCUGCCCAUAAAGCAUUGAUCAGCACGUUCUAAAUAAGUAGUUGUACUCUGCAAAGUUGGUUUUCGUUUGGCAGUCUAAUGAGUCUACAUACAGACUUUAAAGUUAUACUAUUUUGUAUCUCGACUGGCAGCCAUGCUACUAGGAUGCUUUUACAGUGUGUCCUGGAUAUGUGUCCUGUUUGGAGUCAGAACAGUUCAGCCAGACACAAUAGUUGCAGAUAUGAUCCAUGAGCCCUUGCCUUAUGGUAGCCUGUUGGACUUCACUAGCUCUGAUUCUGCAAUCAGUAGCUAUCAGUCUAAAGGAGGAAGUCGAGGGCCCAACUAUGUUACAGAUGUAUCUGUCAGCUACCCACAUAUACCUUCGCAAUCUGGCCAACUCAGCCACCUUACUGCUCCACAACCUGGCCAAGUAAGCAACUAUGCUGUUCAACCCCAACCUGGAUGGGGCAGCAACAUCAAAGGCCCACCCCAACCUGGAUGGGAGAGCGGCAUCACUGGGCCACCCCAACUUGGACAGGUCAGCAACAUUCCUGCUUCACCUGGACCAUUGACCAACAUCACUGCACCAUCCCAACCUAAACAGGGCAGCAACAUCACUGGUCCACCCCAACCUGGACAGGGUGGCAUCAUCACUGGUCCACCCCAACCUGGACAGGGUGGCAUCAUCACUGGUCCACCCCAACCUGGACAGAUGCGCAACGUCACCAUUGCACAACUUCAACCUGGACAGGGCAGCAACAUCACUGUUGCUCCACAACCUGCACAGGGUAGCAAUGUUACUGUUGCUCCACCACAACCUGGACAGGGCAGCAACAUCACUGUUGCUCCACCACAACUUGGACAGGGUAGCAACAUUCCUGCUUCACCUAAACAUGGACCAUUGACCAACAUAACUGCACCAUCCCAACCUGAACAGGGCAGUAACAUCCCUGGUCCACCCCAACCUGGAUGGGGCAGCAACACCACUAGUCCUUCCCAACCCGGACAGAUGAGUAACGUCACCAUUGCACCUCUUCAACCUGGACAGGGCAGCAACAUCACUGGUCCACCUAAACCAGGAUGGGGCAGCAACAUCACUGGUCCACCACAGCCUGGACAGGGCGGCAACAUCACUGUUGCUCCACCACAACCUGCACAGGGCGGCAACAUCACUGGUCCAUCCCAACCUAGGUGGGAGAGCAACGUCAGUGUUUCACCCCAACCUGGACAGGGCAGCAACAUCACUGGUCCACCCCAACUUGGACAUGGUAGCAGCAUCAGUGUUCCACCUCAAACUGGUCAGGGCAGCAACAUCACUUUUGCUCCACCCCAACCUGGACAGGGCAGCAACAUCACUGGUCCACCCCAACCUGGACAGGGUAGCAGCAUCACUGUUGCUCUGCUAAUACCUGGAUGGCAGAGCAACAUCACUGGGCCACCCCAACCUGGACAGGGCAGCAACGUCGCUGGCCCAACCCAACCUGCACAGGGUAGCAAUGUUACUGUUGCUCCACCACAACCUGCACAGGGUACCAAUGUUACUGUUGCUCCACCACAACCUGCACAGGGCGGCAACAUCACUGUUGCUCCACCACAACCUGGACAGGGCGGCAACAUCACUGGUCCACCUACACCAGGAUGGGUCAAAUCCAUCACUAUCCCUCCACAAACUGGAUGGGCAACCAGCAUCAGUGUUUCACCCCAAUCUGAACAGGGCAGCAACAUCACUGGUCCACCCCAACCUGGACAGGGCAGCAACAUCACUGGUCCACCCCAACCUGGACAGGGUAGCAGCAUCACUGUUGCUCUGCUAAUACCUGGAUGGCAGAGCAACAUCACUGGGCCACCCCAACUUGGACAGGGCAGCAACGUCGCUGGCCCAACCCAACCUGCGAAGGGAAGCAAUGUUACUGUUGCUCCACCACAACCUGCACAGGGCGGCAACAUCACUGUUGCUCCACCACAACCUGGACAGGGCGGCAACAUCACUGGUCCACCUACACCAGGAUGGGUCAAAUCCAUCACUAUUCCUCCACAAACUGGAUGGGCAACCAGCAUCAGUGUUUCACCCCAACCUGGACAGGGCAGCAACAUCACAGGUCCAUCCCAACCUGAACAGGGUAGCAGCAUCACUGUUGCUCCACCACAACCUGCACAGGGUACCAAUGUUACUGUUGCUCCACCACAACCUGCACAGGGCGGCAACAUCACUGGUCCAUCCCAACCUAGGUGGGAGAGCAACGUCAGUGUUCCACCCCAACCUGGACAGAUUAGCCACAUCACAGUUGGUUCACCACAACCUGGUUCGGUCAGCAACAUCACUGGUCUACCUACACCAGGAUGGGUCAAAUCCAUCACUAUCCCUCCACAAACUGGAUGGGCAACCAGCAUCAGUGUUUCACCCCAACCUGAACAGGGCAGCAACAUCACUGGUCCACCCCAACUUGGACAUGGUAGCAGCAUUAGUGUUCCACCUCAAACUGGUCAGGGCAGCCACAUCACUUUUGCUCCACCCCAACCUGGACAGGGCAGCAACAUCACUGGUCCACCCCAACCUGCGAAGGGAAGCAAUGUUACUGUUGCUCCACCACAACCUGCACAGGGCGGCAACAUCACUGGUCCACCUACACCAGGAUGGGUCAAAUCCAUCACUAUCCCUCCACAAACUGGAUGGGCAACCAGCAUCAGUGUUUCACCCCAAUCUGAACAGGGCAGCAACAUCACUGGUCCACCCCAACCUGGACAGGGCAGCAACAUCACUGGUCCACCCCAACCUGGACAGGGGAGCAACAUCACUGGGCCACCCCAACUUGGACAGGGCAGCAACGUCGCUGGCCCAACCCAACCUGCGAAGGGAAGCAAUGUUACUGUUGCUCCACCACAACCUGCACAGGGCGGCAACAUCACUGUUGCUCCACCACAACCUGGACAGGGCGGCAACAUCACUGGUCCACCUACACCAGGAUGGGUCAAAUCCAUCACUAUUCCUCCACAAACUGGAUGGGCAACCAGCAUCAGUGUUUCACCCCAACCUGGACAGGGCAGCAACAUCACAGGUCCAUCCCAACCUGAACAGGGUAGCAGCAUCACUGUUGCUCCACCACAACCUGCACAGGGUACCAAUGUUACUGUUGCUCCACCACAACCUGCACAGGGCGGCAACAUCACUGGUCCAUCCCAACCUAGGUGGGAGAGCAACGUCAGUGUUCCACCCCAACCUGGACAGAUUAGCCACAUCACAGUUGGUUCACCACAACCUGGUUCGGUCAGCAACAUCACUGGUCUACCUACACCAGGAUGGGUCAAAUCCAUCACUAUCCCUCCACAAACUGGAUGGGCAACCAGCAUCAGUGUUUCACCCCAACCUGAACAGGGCAGCAACAUCACUGGUCCACCCCAACUUGGACAUGGUAGCAGCAUUAGUGUUCCACCUCAAACUGGUCAGGGCAGCCACAUCACUUUUGCUCCACCCCAACCUGGACAGGGCAGCAACAUCACUGGUCCACCCCAACCUGCGAAGGGAAGCAAUGUUACUGUUGCUCCACCACAACCUGCACAGGGCGGCAACAUCACUGGUCCACCUACACCAGGAUGGGUCAAAUCCAUCACUAUCCCUCCACAAACUGGAUGGGCAACCAGCAUCAGUGUUUCACCCCAAUCUGAACAGGGCAGCAACAUCACUGGUCCACCCCAACCUGGACAGGGCAGCAACAUCACUGGUCCACCCCAACCUGGACAGGGUAGCAGCAUCACUGUUGCUCUGCUAAUACCUGGAUGGCAGAGCAACAUCACUGGGCCACCCCAACUUGGACAGGGCAGCAACGUCGCUGGCCCAACCCAACCUGCGAAGGGAAGCAAUGUUACUGUUGCUCCACCACAACCUGCACAGGGCGGCAACAUCACUGUUGCUCCACCACAACCUGGACAGGGCGGCAACAUCACUGGUCCACCUACACCAGGAUGGGUCAAAUCCAUCACUAUUCCUCCACAAACUGGAUGGGCAACCAGCAUCAGUGUUUCACCCCAACCUGGACAGGGCAGCAACAUCACAGGUCCAUCCCAACCUGAACAGGGUAGCAGCAUCACUGUUGCUCCACCACAACCUGCACAGGGUACCAAUGUUACUGUUGCUCCACCACAACCUGCACAGGGCGGCAACAUCACUGGUCCAUCCCAACCUAGGUGGGAGAGCAACGUCAGUGUUCCACCCCAACCUGGACAGAUUAGCCACAUCACAGUUGGUUCACCACAACCUGGUUCGGUCAGCAACAUCACUGGUCUACCUACACCAGGAUGGGUCAAAUCCAUCACUAUCCCUCCACAAACUGGAUGGGCAACCAGCAUCAGUGUUUCACCCCAACCUGAACAGGGCAGCAACAUCACUGGUCCACCCCAACUUGGACAUGGUAGCAGCAUCAGUGUUCCACCUCAAACUGGUCAGGGCAGCAACAUCACUGGUCCACCACAACCUGGACAGGGUGGCAACAUCACUGGCCCAUCCCAACUUGAAUGGAAGAGCAACAUCACCAGUCCAUCCCAACCUGAACAGGGUAGCAUUAUCACUGUUGCUCCACCACAAGCUGGAUUAGCAAGCAACAUUACUGUUGCUUCACAACCUGGACAGGUUAGCAACAUGACUGGACCACUUCAGCUGGGACAGAUCAAUAACCUGGCAUUUCCUCCACUACUUGGGCAGGUUGGCUACCUUCCUUAUCAGCAGCAACUCUCCAUUCCUAGCACUCAGGAACUUCAAAUCAGUCAGCUCAGCUAUUUCAUCGACUACCACAAAAUAUUUGAGUAUAUAAAAGCAUUGAUCACCAAUAUCUAUUUUUCUGAAGGCUUAUUUCAAAGUCUACUCAAUGACACCAGAGCAAAUGUUGAAGUGUAAUUUGAAGACGCCACUGUCAGUGAGAUUUCAAACAGCCUCUUGAGUCGACCAGAGUAUCAUAUUAAAUUGUACUUGUAUAACCAGUUAACCUCUGAAGUCUUGUGUAUAAUCAGAUAUCCUUUUGAGGAUUAUGUGCCAUCGUUGCAGAAGUCUACACGUAUUCUAAGUUUCUCUUUGAGAACUGAACCUAAAAUAAAAUUGAUUCAAUGUCUUUUGAA